CGUCUUCAUUAGAAAUAAAACAGGCUGCUGUGGGGGUGGAAAAUGCUCCACAUGUGCUAAAAAUACUAAAAAUAAUGCAGUAAUAAUCGCACUUUAAGAUAAACCAUUGAUUUGGACGGCGCUAACAUCAUCUCUCGUUUGAAACUCCGCUCUCUCCAGCUCCAUUCAGGUCCACGGUCACUCCUCAACAGGAAGUGACGAAAGUAGCCACGAGCGUGACGAACGGCUCUUUCGAAAAUACAACAAGGAAGUUACGGUUUAUUGUGAAGGAAAAUAACCGCUGGAGAAAAAAAAUCUCCUCAAACCGGGGGUCCCUUCGCUCGGUUGUUGGGUGUCCGGGGGGGGCGAGGUCACCGUGGACUUUCCCGAGAGCCCGUUUCCGAUCGUCUCGAGGAAUUCUGCUUGUAGCCAGCUAGCUAGCUAGCGAUGAACACGGACGUGGAAUUUCACAUCAGGCAGAAUUACCCGUGGAACAAGCUCCCAGCUAACGUCAAACAGAGUUUGGGGAACUCUCAGCGCGAGUAUGAGAAGCAAGUGCUCCUGUACAGCAUCCGCAACCAGCUGCGAUUCCGCAAUAACCUAGUGCGCCAUGUGAGGAAGGAUGAGCGCAAAUAUUAUGAGGAGCUUCUGAAGUACAGCCGGGACCACCUGAUGCUGUACCCCUACCACCUGUCUGACAUCAUGGUCAAAGGGCUACGAGUCACCCCGUUCUCGUAUUACAUAGGAAUCAUGGAGGAUAUUAUGAACAGUGAGAAGAGUUACGACUCCUUGCCCAACUUCACUGCAGCUGACUGUCUAAGGCUACUUGGCAUUGGGAGAAACCAGUACAUCGACCUGAUGAACCAGUGCAGGUCCUCCAAAAAAUUCUUCCGCAGGAAAACAGCACGGGACCUACUGCCGGCCAAACCAGUCGAGAUCUCCGUGGAGCCGUGGUGGGUGGCACAGACAGGCUACAUCACCGAGGACGACAUAAGGAUCUGUUCUCCCGCUGAGAAGAAAGCCAUUGAUAAGAUGAUAGAUUCUGGUCCUCAGCUGGCCGGAUCCAUGGAGUACAACGUGGUCUUAAGCUUGUACAACCGGGGAUUCAUCUACUUAGAUGUUCCCAUAUCUGAUGACAGCUGCAUCUCAGUGCCCCCACUGGAAGGGUUUGUCAUGAACCGGGUCCAGGGUGAUUACUUUGAAACGCUUCUGUACAAAAUCUUUGUGUCCAUCGAUGAGCAAACAAACGUAGCAGAGCUGGCAAAUGUGUUGGAGAUCGACUUGGACUUAGUGAAGAACGCAGUGUCCAUGUACUGUCGCCUCGGCUUCGCCGUGAAGAAAGGUCAGGUGUUCAGCUCAGACCAGCUCCACCCCACCUGGAAGAACGCCCCAUCUGUUAACAGGCUCAAAAGCACUAUGGACCCCCAGAAGAUGCUGCUGUCCUGGGAGCAGGGCAGUCCUGUAAUGGAGGGAGGCUCCUCAGCCACAGAUACAGACACCACUAGCCUGGAAGACCAAGCAGACACAGGUAGCGUUAGCAGCCUGAGCAUCCCAGCUGCACCCACCAAGAGGAUCGCCUUCCUUUUUGACUCGACCCUUACAGCCUUCCUGAUGAUGGGCAACUUAUCGCCGAACCUGAAGAGUCAUGCUGUGACCAUGUUUGAAGUGGGCAAACUGUCGGAUGAGACUCUCGACAGCUUCCUGGCUGAGCUGGAGAAGGUGGAGAGCACAGCAGAGGGCGAGGCUCAGCGUUACUUUGACCACGCUCUGACCCUGAAAAACACCAUUCUCUUCUUGCGCUACAACAAAGAACUCACUCAGGACCAGGGACCUGAUAUUCCAAACAUAGGUUUCCCCUUGGACAUGUUGCGCUGUGAGAGCCUGCUGGGUCUAGACCAGGCCACCUGCAGCCGCGUCCUCAACAAGAACUACAAGCUGCUGGUCUCGAUGGCACCGCUCAGCAACGAGAUCAGACCCAUCAGCAGCUGCACCCCUCAGCACAUUGGCCCAGCCAUCCCUGAGGUGAGCUCCAUCUGGUUCAAGCUGUACCUGUAUCAUGUGACUGGCCAAGGCCCGCCGUCUUUGCUGCUCUCCAAAGGCUCCAGGCUCCGCAAGCUGCCGGACAUUUUCCAGGUCUAUGACAGGUUAUUGAUAACUUCCUGGGGUCACGACCCUGGAGUGGUCCCUACGUCCAACGUGCUGACAAUGCUUAACGAUGCCCUCACACACUCUGCUGUUCUCAUCCAGGGUCAUGGUAUGCAUGGGCAUGGAGAAAUGGUGCAUAUCCCAUUCCCUUUUGAUGAGGAGGAUCUGAAGGGAGAGUUCUCCUACUCCAACAUGUGUGUGCACAAGGCACUGCAGAAGCUGAAGGAGCAUGUGGAUCUGGAGCACCAGUGUGGCUACAUCACCAUGCUCAACUCCAACAACAGGCACCGCCGCAGGCCCAGCGACAGCACUGAGUGCAGAGGAGACACCCAUCUAGGUGGAGGCUUGGACACUAAUGGCAGCACUGAGUCCUUUGAGCUUGUGACAGAGGAGAACAACGGUGAAGGCAAAGGAAAGACAGACACCCUUUCAUCUGAAGACGAGUGGGUCCCUCUUGAACUGUGCUUUGGCAUGCCCCUCUUCAGCUCUGAGCUCAACCGCAAAGUGUGUCGAAAGAUUGCUUCGCACAAGCUCUGCAGCAACGAGAGCCUUCAAGAGCUACUCCACUCGAGCCGAAAACUGUCACUCAAGGUGUUGAGCUUCGUUCAGUCAUUCCAGGAUGGCAGCCAGCCCUCUGACCUGGACAGUGGUGUGUCCAACCCUCUCAGCCAGCCCCCGCCAGAGUCCGGUGUCCCCCUGCCCGCCCUCAACCUCCUCUUCAAGGACGGGCAGCUGAAGGAAUGGAGCGGGCGCGCCCCUCCUCCUCUAGACAUCUCAGCCCUGCAGAAAGACCAACUGACAUAAAGCAUCAGCAAAACUUCCAGAUUUAGGAAUGAGGAAACGGCGUCCCAACGAUGGGGGCUAAUGUCUUUUCGCAGCGUCACGUCUCACUGUGGAAAUUCCUGUUCGUGGUUCCAGCCCUGCAUCUUUAAAUCCAGUCACAAGGAAACUCCCUUAUUCGUAAGCCCCGCCUUCUUGUCCAUCAGUAUCCAGUCGUGGGAUAAUUGGCCCCGUCAGCACUUUGUCAUUCACCUACUGUAUGAGGAAUCAUCGACACUAGUACCAACCCUCUUUGCUGUCCUCCUUCCCUCCCCUCUGUGAUUCCUCGUAUUCGUAGCAAGGCAGUGUUAUCUGUUGGAGUGGUGCUAUUAUCACACUAUAUCACAGCGAUGCAGGUAAACAUCAUUUAACCUGGAAGACCAUCUAACUGGAAACAAAUGCGCUGUUUUCCCACUGACUCCACCCCACCCCUUCAGUCGAUGGAUGUUUUGUGACCCUUGAGAGCAGAGUGUAAAAUGGUUAAUAUUGCAUAGAUGUUCAAAAAAAAAAAAAAAAAAAAAAAAAAAAGACCUAUAAAAUAAACAUUAACGUGUUGAACAGACUUCUUCAGGAAUCAUUUGACAAUAUGCAUAUUCUAGGACCAAUUCUUUGGACUUUAACCAGGUUGAUAAGACCCCGCUGCCUCCCUGUAUUGUCUCAUGUUAAGUGAUCUAAUGCAUGAUACUAUUGCACAAAAAAAAAUCUUUCCUCUUUACUUGUAAUCAAUAUUUGGGGCAUUUAUUAUUUGCACUGUGCAGGAUUUCUUCAAACCUGUGGACGAAGUAACAUCAUGUAAUUUUUUUUUUUUUUAAUGUUGGCUCAUUUGUAGUGUGCACGUGAUUUUAGAGCUCACCAAAAGGAAAGUGUCAUACAAGGCAUCUGAGAAACUGCGUUUUUUUUUUUUUUUAAUCCAUUAGAGAACACCAAAGACCUUAUUUCUUUAUAAUGAUUUAUUUUCUUUUUACUCCUUUCUCUGUUCUUUUAUUUUGGUGUUGCCUUAUUAUUUUCAGCCAAUCAAAAACUACCAGGUCUGGGAUCAUAUCUCCUGAUUUUUUUAAUUUCCUUUUUUGGGGGGUUGUUUUUUUUAAACUCACAAGUUUCUUUUUUUUUUUUUAAUUGUUAAUAUGCAUUUGAUGUAGUGUGUCUAACUAAUAAAAAUUACCAAUGUCGGAUCAAAAAAACCUGCCAGCCAUUAUCAAGAAUUUGACAAAAUUAAUCAAACUGAACCAAACUGAAAAGAAUGGGAACAGUUAGCUCUGCAUGUUUGACCCAGGGCUGUUGCCACUGUCGCUUGCCAGCUAUCUCUCUCUGUCUCUCUGUGGAUCAGCUUUUGUGCAGUGCACUCUUGGCCAGCCUUGCUCACUCUCCAGGGGAUUCUGUUUACACCAUGUUUUGAAAAAAAAAGGGGGUUUGUAGUCUAGAGAGAAGGCAACUUUGUUGUGAAGGCUGUUGCAGACCCAGGGGAUGGAAAUGCUAAUGCUUUGCCCAGCAUCUCAGAGAUGUGAUGGCCCAAAAAGUGUCUGAAGCCUAUCGUGAAUUUUUUCAGUGUUGCUCUGAGAAUAUAGAGUACUUUUUUUUAUUGCAUUUAAAAUGGAAACCCAGUUUGUUGAGCUCUCUCUCCCUCCAUUUUUUUUAAGGAAUCUACAUUCUGUUUUUGACCCACUUGUGGUAGUUUCUGAUAACGUGAUGCUAAAAUAGGGGAAAAAACAACUGUCACAAGGACCUUUUGAAGCAUGAUGACUGUGUAGAAACCAUUGUGAGUAUGUUGCGUGAGUAUUGUACACGUCACGGGUGUGUUUUUAAUACACGCCUACCUUUCACAGUAAGAGUCUCCUCCCAGUCCUGCCUGUUUGUUAUCUACUUGCAGUUACUCAGUCGUCCCAGAUACACCCCCCUGCCCCCUUCCUCCCCUAGAUAUACAUCCACCGCAGUGUUUAAAAUGCUAGUUUUAUAUGUCAGCAGGUAUUUUAGGAACUCUUUGUUGUAGCUUGUUUAAUGGGACUGUAGAUAUUUGACAGAUUUAAACAUGAUCUUGUAAUUACAUUGGUUACAAAAAAAGAAGAAGAAAGUGACAUUCCCUCACCAUGCCCUUCCUUCCUCCUUUUCUCCAUCUUGCCUCGUCUCCGGUUACAUACUAUUACAGAUAAAUAUGUAAAAAGUAUAUGAAAAUAUAAAUAAAUAUGUAAUAAGAUCAAAA